GGGGCUUGGGUCGAGCUUUGCAGCAGAGCACAGAGCACCCCACCGAGCUCGAGGUGGCUCGUGGGGUAGUAGUGCCAUCAGAGUCGAUCAAGCAGUCCUGGGCGACGGCGAUCGCCCACACUUGCCAUCCGAAUCGAUCAAGCUGCCGAUCUCAAAAUAGCACCGUCUUUGUAGAGGAGGCAUCCAUGCUCGAGCCGCCCAAAUGGCCCAAAAAUAGCCUGGCCGGUGGCCCCAUGCCCACGAAUGCCGUUCAGCGAGCCGCUACAUAUACGAUGGUGGCCGCCAGGGAGCAGCGGGAUGCAGCAGCGGCAUUGAUUGUUCGUCCCCCACUCUUCCGUUGUUGGCGGCUCACACGCAACCCAUCGCUGUCGAUACCAUGGCAGCUCAUCGUCCAGCAGCAAAGCCGGCACCACACUCCCCCGCAGCAACAGACGGCAAGCAGAACUGCGGUCCUCCGCAAACCGCCGACGAUGUCGAGCACAUCAUGUCAGAGAUGGACCGGCUCUAUGGAACAACCUUCAAGGACUGGAUCAAGUCCGAGAAGAACGUAGCAUACCUGUGCACCUACAAAGGGCACUUUUUCAAGGACCACUCGCCGGCGCUGUAUCCGGUGCUUCGAUGGAUCACCCACGACUGGUCCGUCGCCGCCGUAGCCGAGUUUGUUAUCAAACUAUACUACAACCUGAAGCUCGAAUCGCCGCAGUUUGUCGCCAUCGUCGCCAGCAUCGUUGGGCACUGGAGCCUUGAAAAAACCACCGACCUGAUCAACAUCGUCAUGAUCGGCGAGAGCGCCGAAAAAUGCGCUGCCUUCACUUGGCGGCUCUCUCGAUCGCUAAGGUGGUCCUUGGACGAACAGAGCUCGGUGCUGCGGAGCAUGGUCAAGACCCUGAGCUGGAAGCAGACUUUCACCCGCAGCUUUCUUAUCCGGUACGCCGAAUGCAAUAUCGAUAACUCGACUCAACGGUGUCGCAUGAUCUUCCAUAUCGGCGAGGAGUUCCAGUCGAUGAAGCCGUUGAGCCCCGAGGGCAUGUCCGUGGCCAGUCGGCCGGAUAGCAGCUCCUCCGUCUUCCAGUCGCUCGACGAGUACUGUGAAAUCGUCGUUUCCACCUUUCGGAAGCUUGGAAUGGAUCCGGACGAAGGGCCAGAGAUGGCUACUACGAGAGACUUCCACACACAAAGCCCCGACGACAGCGCUGCGGGCCUCGCCGACAAGGCACUUGCCCAUAACCCGCACGACAAAUACGGCCAGAUCUAUCGAUCGGACAGCGCCGUGGAUUUCAUUGAGGAGCCAAAGAUGGGAUAG